AGCCGUCACUGUUGCAGGCGAACAGUAGACUGGUCAAACUCCGUGUUGAGACUUGUGUAACGUUUGCCACGAUAUUUGUGGCAACUAACCGCAUGCGGUUACCACAAGAUCAAUGAUAGUGACGUUUCACUAGAAAACUCUACAUAUCACAUGCAGUAUACUGACGUCACGAAAACCGCAGCCACUUAAAAUACUUUCUGAUAUGCUGACUGUGCAACACAAGUCUCAACACGGAGUUUGACCAGUCUACUGUUCGCCUGCAACAGUGACGGCUUGCGAGUCUAAUCCACAAUGGCUGGAUUGAUGACUAUUGCUUCCUCAAGGAGCUAUCUAAACCUGACUAUUCUGGCCUUGUUCUGGAUGUUGCAGUCUAGAUGUACAUGUGCUGUUGAUGUCAGAGAGCUUGCAUCCAGUAUUGUAUCAGCAGUGUGUGAAGCAAGUGACAGUGAUGUGCAAGAGUUUUACACAUCACUGAGUAGCUCAUAUGCAAGUAGCCAGGAUCAGCAAUACCCAGACCCACAGUUAGAUCCAACCUUGGAUUCUGUAGCUAACCCAAAACGCAUCUCGCAACGUUCAGGAGAAAGUGAUAUCGUCCCUUAUUAUCAUAACUUUUUUCUGGAUAUCUACUCUCACAAUGAUGAACUUCAGGAGGAGUACUUUGAAUGGUGUGUUCAUCUGCUUAGUCCGGACAAUGACACUAUAUAUGGCUGUAUCAAGGGGAACGAAACGAGAGGGUCGGACAGGUUCAGACUACUCGGACUCUUUAAUGUGUUUAGUUAUCACCAUUCCUUUAAAUCGACAAUCAUACUGGCAAUAGAAGAUUUUGCUUAUACACAUGUGCUUCAAAAAGCGCUACUUGUUUGCACCGUUAAUGUACCUUGGCUGAAUGACACGAUUGGUGUUUUUUAUUCCCUGGAAAUUGAAUCUGACACCAAACCUAUACUUCACAAAAUCACUCGGUUCCCGCACCAGAGAGACGGUUUCUUAGUGGCGAGUGAACCAAAGCUAGUUUCUACUGAUACCUAUGCAAUCAGUCGGGACACACGCAAGGCUAGUUGGUUCCAUGACAACGAGUAUGUUCAAAAAGUAGUGAAUGUGGAUGAUACUACUGACUGUGUGAAUGUAGGGGGGAAUUUCCAACACUGCUCAAAUAUCACUUUCCCUAUCACGUACUAUGUCAGGGAUUUUUCUUUUGAGGAAAUCUCCAGCUGUAACUUUGUGUCAGACUUUCAAAUUGAACAGCAGACUCAUUUCCUUUCCUUCAAUUCUCCAAGCAUCAAUGAUACUGGGGAAUUCAAGUUCGCUAUGUUUAAUGGUUCAGCUUCAGAUCAGACCUUUAUCCUUGAGCGCUCAUUCUUCAUAUAUGUUGUUUUCACUGUGUUUCCACGGCAAAUCACUCUGCACCUGGGCAGCACCUCGACUGUGUCAUGUGCUCUAAAGGCCCCGUCCAACUCUACAGUUUACUGGCUCUACAAAAAUCAACCCAUCGUCUCUAACUGCAAGGGGACUGAAGAACACAUUAGGACCGAAAGUUUAGAAAACGAGUUUUCAAUGUUUUACUCAGAUCUGAAGCUUUGCAACACAACCGUUAGUGACGGUGGUGAAUACACGUGUGCUGUCAACUACAGGAUACCCAUUGGGCAGCAGCUGUUCACAGCUCAAGUGCACGUCACGGCAACCGUUGCAAGUCCUGAUGUACCUAAAAUCAUAACAACGGGUCCUCCUAAACCGGUGGCAGUGUAUGUCGGAGGAGCAGUGGCAGCUGUCAUUAUUGUGAUCUUGGUGAUCAUCUUUCUCGCUGUGGCCCUGGCAAUACUGAUGCAAAGGACAGUUAAACGCAGGAGAAGGAGAACCCUCAGGCAUCGUCCCUCAAACCAUCUCUUACUCAAGCCUCAGCUAGUCAAGGAUAACGCCUAUGUCAAUCUCUGCUCUCCUGAUAUAGUAAAAACUGGGGAAUUAGACUUUCCCAGGCAAAAGUUGGAGCUUCAGUGUGAACUAGGUAAAGGUAAAUUUGGAAAAGUGUUCCAAGCCAAAGCACACGGGAUGGUUUCUUCUCUCCCGCACGUCAACAUAGUUGCUGUGAAGACAACACUAAACAAUGAAUCGUUUGGUGAGAACUAUCGACUGCUGAAUGUGUUGCAAAUGCUCAAGAAGUUGUAUAGACAACCUCACAAGAACAUUUGCAAUAUCCUGGGACACUGUACUGAGACAAAGCCAUUGUUCUUGAUCUUGGAGUACGCUUGCCAUGGCAACCUCAAAGAGUAUCUGCUCUCCUGUCGUAAAGCAAUACUGAGUUGUGGGCAAGAGCUGCUGAUUGAUAGAUCUCCUGAAAGUGUGCAGUCUGAAGGGACUAGUGAACUCAAUCAACUUCAAAUCGUGUCACCUGCUACCAACCCUCUCCAUAUCGAGCUGGGUGCUCUUUCCGAUGAGCUGAAAGACCAGGAAAAGGCACUAAAUCAAACAGGUUCUGUUUCCAUGGCACCUGGACUGAUAAAGGAGACCCAGUUCUGCAACUUUGCUGGCCAAAUAGCCAAUGGAUUGGCGUAUCUAGCUAACAUGAAUGUUGUUCACUGUGACUUGGCUGCUCGAAACAUCCUCAUUGCUGAGAAAGGAGAGCUCAAGAUCACAGACUUUGGAAUGGCUAAGGAACUCACUGAAGCUGAAACUCCCUAUCAAAUUCUAAAUGCAAAUGACAAUGAUGUCUUUCCAGUCAGAUGGGCUGCUCCUGAACUAUUAGAUAGACACCCCAACACUUUCAGAAGUGACAUUUGGUCCUUUGGAGUAACUCUCUGGGAGAUUGCCUCCUAUGGAAGUGAGCCGUUCUCAGACAUCCAACUUGGAGCCAGUCUGGAGUUGUUCCACAGGCACCUACAAGACGGGAAUAGAUUGCCUAGACCAACCGGACUGAGCAACUACUUAUAUCGUCAGAUGUGUAGCUGUUGGUCUAUUAAUCCUGAGGCAAGACCUUGUGCAGAAGAGCUGGUUGAGUAUUUCCAGAACAUUGAUCCUAACACAACAAUUUUAGAAGACAUGCUUGAAGAGGGUACUCUUUAGACUUCUACAUGGCUGGAUCAAACCCCUGAUCCCAAAUUGAACAUUGUUAAUGAACUCAUACUUGACAUUUGUACUUUUUCUAAGUAGAUCUAUACAACAAAAUAUUCUAACUACACAGUCAUAAUGUAUUUUCUAAGUAUACACAACAAAAUAUUCAUUUACUUUCUAA